CGUAUUCAAGGUCGCGUCACCACAUCAAUUACUCCACGUCAGAAAAGCACCCAAGCACAAGUCCUAGGAUUUAAAACAGGCUAGAGGGAAGGAUGAUGAAGGAUACGGAUGCCUCGCCAUAACGAUGAUCUGGCGGAUGAAGCCCAGAACGCCGUUGGCGCCACAGGCUGUGCGCCGGCAGCCAGCCAACACCAUACGCUGAAAUACCAUCUACUCGGACCAUCAUUGACAAAGUCUGGCCAAGAUGGAGUGGACCAGAAAAGGGUCUCUGAGAUCAUCUACAAUGCUUCAAAGGGUAGCAAAUACUUCAAUAAUGAGGAGCACAAAGACAAGAGUCUCACAAUUAAGAUCAACCGCAUCUUGGCCAAGAAGCGCGAGUUGCAGCGUAUUGAGGCACAAGGUGGCCUCAAGAAUGAGAUGAAGCGCGCAGAUGACUACAUUGCCGAAUUCGAGUAUGGCCGUGAUCUGAGUCAAGUGGUCGUACACGUGGACUGCGAUGCUUUUUACGCUGCAGUGGAGGAGUUGGAUCGGCCAGAGCUGAAGGAAGUGCCAUUUGCCGUUGGCGUGGGCGUGCUCACGACAUGCAACUAUAUCGCCAGGAAGUACGGCUGUCGAAGUGGCAUGGCUGGGUUCGUGGCGGACAAGCUAUGCCCGGAACUCAUCCACCUGCCGCUCAACUUCGAGAAGUACACAGCGAAGGCGAAGGAAGUUCGGGCGGUGCUGGAGCAAUACGAUCCGCGCUUCGAGUCUGCCAGCAUCGACGAGGCGUACCUGAACAUCACUCAGUACUGCCAAGACCAUGACAUGGAUCCCGAAGAAGCCGUCGCGCAGAUGCGGGCGCAAGUGUUCGAGCAUGCCAAGAUCACCAUAUCUGCUGGAAUCGCAGCUAACGCGAAGCUUGCCAAAAUAUGCAGCAACAAGAACAAGCCAAAUGGACAAUACAGGCUGCCAUCCGAGCGCACGAGCAUUUUGAUCUUCAUGCGCGACCUGCCGACUCGCAAAGUGAACGGCAUCGGCCGGGUGUUCGAGCGUGAGCUGGAUGCCAUCGGUAUCAAGACAUGCGGCGAUAUCUACGAACAGCGACAUUACCUUAGUAGGCUGUUUGGCGACAAGGCUUUCGAGUUCUUGAUGUCGGUCUACCUAGGUCUAGGUCGAACGGACGUGAGGCCCGUCGAGGAGUAUGAGCGCAAAAGCGUCGGUACGGAAAGCACCUUCCACGAUAUCUCCGAUCCGAAGGAGCUGCGAGACAAACUCCGCUGGACUGCCGAGGAGCUGGAGAAAGAUCUCAAGCGCACCGAGUUCAAAGGCCGCACGCUUGUUCUGAAGCUCAAGCUGCAUACGUAUGAAGUCUUCUCCAGGCAAGUGCAACCACCGAAGGCCGUCUAUACCGCAGACGAUCUGUACCACUUCAGCCUGCCUAUGCUGCAGAAGGUGGAAAAGGAAAUGCCGGGAAUGAAGCUGCGACUCAUGGGUUUGCGGUGUACGCAUCUGGUCAAUAUGAAGAAGGGCGAUGUGGACUUCUUCGGUCGGGCGAGGCAGCCCUCGCGGGACUCGGCGGAGACGGCACAGGGCUCAGUGCUACCUAAAGUGGAAGUGGACGAUGACGGGUGGCAGAAGUGGCCUGAUGAGGAGUUCGAAGACCAAGCGAGACAGGAGCAGCAGGAAGAAAUGGAGGAGCUCGAGACGCUGUCACAGACUCACCAAAGCAAAACUACCAAGAAGGAAAGGCCGCCAAUCGAACAGUGGAACUGCCCCAUCUGCGCAGCACCGCAAACGGCUGAUGAGCGAACAUUUAAUGAGCACAUUGACGGCUGUCUUUCACGACAGACGAUCAAAGAAAUUGUGUCAACAACUAACGAAAGAGACGAGCAACCGGAAAGGAAGGUUCUCAGCCUGAUGCCAGCAAAUAGCGCAAAGCGGAAACGGGGACGGCCACCUGGCGGUAGCAACGGUGAACUGGGACAAGCGGUGCGGAAGAGAGCGUUCUUUGCGUAG